AUGAAGAUGGGUAAAAAAGUCCGCGAAUAUAAGUCAGGAGACUUUAUAUUCGCAAAAGUAAAAGGAUAUCCAGCAUGGCCUGCAAGGGUUCAAAGAAUGAAUGGGAAGAAAUAUUUUGUUUAUUUCUAUGGUACUGGAGAAACUGCAAAUCUACCACCAAACAUGAUAUUUGACUAUGCCGAGAAUAAAGAUAAGUUUCUGACUAAAACAGUGAAGAGAAGGGAUUUUAACGAUGGUGUUAAACAGAUUGAACAUGAUUUUGCUAAUAAUGUUCCAUUGGAACAAGUUAUUGGUUUAGCUUUGGAGGCCCCAGAAGCAGAUAUCAAAACAAUAAAUGAAUUGGCAAAUGAUACUGCCAAUGAUUCUGCGGCAGAUACUACAGCCGCAGAUGACACUAUGGUGGAGGAGAACACAAUUCAAAAUGAUACAGGCAUUGAGGAUUCAGAUGAAACAGGUGCUCUCAUUAUUGACGAAGGCAAAGCACCUCCUAAUCAAAAAGGCCGAAAGUCAACGGCUAAAACGCCAGCUAAAGAAACGCCAAAAGGAAAAGAAGCUAAAACACCGCGCGGCAGACCGAAAAAGGAAGAUUAUGAAGAAGUAAAGGAAGAGGAGAAGAAAGAAGAAGAGAUUGUUAGCAGAAGUGGGAGGAAAAUACGGCCUAAAAGGUACAUAGAUGAACAGACAGAAGAGAAUGCCACUCUACCGUCUCCUGCCCCAAAGAAACGUCGCGCGGUUUCCCCCGUACUGGAUAAGGAGAAGGACAAGGAAAAGGAGAAAGAAAAACCUGAACCCGUUAAGGAGAAGGCAGAAAAGAAUAUCAAAUAUUUCAAUGCUGUGCCACAGUGUGAACUAGAAGAUUUGAAGGAGCCAUUUGUACCAGACGACAAAGAUAGAGAUAACAUUAUAAUAGCGUACCUACCAUCGGGUCAGUACGUCGGCGUCAAACUGUUCCAGUCUCGGCCAAAUGCUUUCAAAAACGAUAAUGCCCGGCUACAAUGGGACCGGCAGGCUGCCUUGAAUGCUCUCACUUUGAAGAUGCAAUUAGAGAAAGGCCAAAUAACUUCCGAAUCUGUGAUGGAACAACUCGUGAUGGAUUUAAAUCUGACUGAGGAAGAGAGGGAUACUUUAGACAAGGAAAGAGAAACAGAGGAGAAGAAGUCCCGCGUUCAAUUCCUGAAGACAGAAAUGAAGUUGAUAGAACUGGAUACAAAGAUCAAGACGUGUUUGUGUUUGGAGAGAGCCGAUACUGAGUUAUGUUUGACUCUGUUGGAUGACUUGAUGGAGCUGGACAUAAAGCCGCUAAUGCUAUUGAAGCACCCGACCUGCGUUGAGACCGUGAAGCGUAUGCGCGCGUACGUCGGCAACACGCCCUCGUGGGAUCUCAGCGAGGACGCAGCGCUGGUGUUCACACAACACGCCCACAGAAUACGGGAACAGGCGGAUGUUGUGUAUAAUAGUAUGAAGGACCUGUUCAUGACGCCAGAUGGAAUGUCCUUCUGGGAGUUCUUCACAGAGAAAGUUGGGCUAUUCAAGUUAGUGACCGCCCAUCUGACAUCGGAUGAGCUAUUGGAAUUGGUGCACGAGCCUCUAGAAAUGACGCAACCAACAUUGCAUACAAUAAAAUCACCGUUCGAACCGAGUAGCGAAGAAAUGAAUCAAGAAGAAGAGUUUGUUAAAAUGAAGACAAGUACACCGGCAAAAUCAAAGAAAUCUAACAACACCCCAUCGAAACCUGCACUAAAACGUCAAUCUUCUAGAAAACAACAAGAAGAGAAAGAACAAACAGAAGAGAAUGAUAAUUUAGAAAAAAAGUACGAGGUCAAAUCAAAAGAAAAAGAAGAUAACAGCACAGAUGAGAAAUACAAAGAUAUUGAAGGUAAGAAACAGAAAGAAACUAAAGGUAAAGAUAUAGAAGAUAAGGACAAAGAAAAAUCACCCAAAAAGGAACGUGACGAACAUAAUAAUACUGAAGCUGAAGAAAACAGUGAAGGGAAAAUUGAUUCAAAAGAUGUAGAAAAAGGAUUGAAAGAAGAGAAAAACACAGAGAAAGAUAAAAGUAUAGAAAAAGAUAAGAGUACAGAUAAAGAUAAAGGCGCAGAUAAAAAUGAUAAUAAAGAUAAAAAGAAAGAAGAAGAGAAGGAAAAAGAGAAAAGUGAAGAUGAACCUAGAGCGAAGCGAUCUAGAGAUAGCAAGAAGACUGAGCCCCCUCCACGGUCACCAACUAAAAGAAAGUCCAAAUUAACU